GGCCCGGGCGGACGCUAAGCUCUGGGCAGUCACCGGGAGCUGGUCACAGCCAUGGCUCCGCGUUGCUGGCGCUGGUGGGACUGGUCCGCGUGGCCUCGAAUCCAACCACUUUCCGCUAGUAACUUCACGACCUCAGGCUUCUGCCGGCAUUUCUCUGCACAGAAGAACCCCCAGAUCUGCGUGGUGGGCAGUGGCCCAGCGGGCUUCUACACGGCCCAACACCUGCUAAAGCACCACGCCCAGGCCCAUGUGGACAUCUAUGAGAAGCAGCUUGUGCCCUUUGGCCUGGUGCGGUUUGGUGUGGCGCCUGACCAUCCCGAGGUGAAGAAUGUCAUCAACACCUUCACCCAGACUGCCCGCUCUGACCGCUGUGCCUUCUGGGGAAAUGUGGUGGUGGGCAGGGAUGUGACAGUGCCUGAGCUGCAGGGUGCCUACCACGCAGUGGUGCUGAGUUACGGGGCAGAGGACCACCAGACGCUGGAGAUUCCCGGUGAGGAGCUGCCUGGUGUGUUCUCGGCCAGGGCCUUUGUGGGCUGGUACAAUGGGCUUCCUGAGAACCAGGAGCUGGCGCCGGACCUGAGCUGUAACACAGCCGUGAUCCUGGGGCAGGGAAAUGUGGCUCUGGAUGUAGCCCGGAUCCUGCUGACCCCGCCUGAGCACCUGGAGAAAACAGACAUCACAGAAGCUGCCUUUGGAGUGCUGAGGCAGAGUCAGGUGAAGACUGUGUGGAUAGUGGGCCGGCGUGGACCCCUGCAAGUGGCCUUUACCAUUAAGGAGCUUCGGGAGAUGAUUCGGUUGCCAGGAACCCGGCCCAUUUUGGAUCCUGCGGAUUUCUUGGGCCUCCAGGACAGAAUCAAGGAGGUCCCCCGUCCAAGGAAGCGGCUGAUGGAACUGCUGCUUCAAACUGCCACGGAGAAGCCAGGGCUGGGGGCUGCUCACCAGGCGAUGGCUACCCGUACCUGGGGCCUCCGUUUUUUUCGAAGCCCCCAGCAGGUGCUGCCCUCUCCAGAUGGGCGACGGGCAGCAGGCAUCCGCCUGGCUGUCACCAGACUGGAGGGUGUUGGCGAGGCCGCCCAAGCAGUGCCCACAGGAGACGUGGAGGACCUCCCUUGUGGGCUCGUGCUGAGCAGCGUCGGGUAUAAGAGCCGCCCGGUUGACCCCAGUGUGCCUUUUGACUUCAAACGUGGAGUAAUCCCCAACAUAGAGGGCCGGGUUGUGGAUAUGCCAGGCCUCUACUGCAGUGGCUGGGUGAAGAGGGGACCCACAGGUGUCAUUAACACUACCAUGACAGACAGCUUCCUCACCAGCCAGAUGCUGCUGCAGGACCUGAAGGCCGGACUCCUGCCCUCAGGCCCUAGGCCUGGCUUUGCGGCCAUCCAGGCCCUGCUCAGUAGCCGAGGUCUGGGCCCUAGUGCUGAGGUUUCGGGAGGUGUCCGACCAGUUUCUUUCUCAGACUGGGAAAAGCUGGAUGCUGAGGAGGUGUCUCGGGGACAGGGUGCUGGGAAGCCUCGGGAGAAGCUGGUGGAUCCUCAGGAGAUGCUGAGGCUGCUGGGGCACUGAGCCUGGACCCUAGUCCUUGUCAAGGAAAGGAAGAGUGCUGUGCAGGGAGGAGGGGCAUGUGUCAGCCUGAGCCAGACUUCCCCAGCUGCAGCACCACCUGCCAGGCUUGGGGGCUUGGCUGGAGCGCUUUUCCAGGGAUCUGAGUACUGCCUCCUAUGAAGUCCUUGCCAGUGUGGGUUUAGGAGGUUACCUUACGUUAGGUGGGGUGCAGGCCCACCCCACCUCCUCCCACUUCUCUCCUGCUGAACUUUGGAGGGCCACUUGGUCAGGAGCAUGGUGGAAAUAAAGAGUUA